GUCCACGUGUUAAAUAAAUGGGUAUCUUUGUUUUUCCGUAGACCAUGUUGGCGCCGCCAGGUAUUGUUAGUGUUGAUUUGAUACCAAACUAAAACUAAAACUAAACUAACCGAUUCUGGGACUCGGCGGAGCCAUGGAUAAGAAUCCCACGAAACUAGAUUAUCACGAUGACAUGUGGAGGCUCCAAUCUACUGCAAUACUACUCUCUCACUUCAAGGGGGAUGAUGGUAGACAUGGGCUGAUAUUGGAUCGUACAGUAUUCCAUCCGCAAGGAGGUGGGCAACCGGCGGAUACUGGGUUUGUACACGUUCAUGGGUUCGAGAACAAGUUUGUGGUUCAUGAUGUUCGAUCCAAGGAUGGAAUUGUUUUUCACUAUGGUUCCUUUGAGAAUUUGGGAGGGGAUUUUGUGCCUACACUCGAGAAAGGGAAGGGGGUUUCGCUGUUUGUUGAUGAGGCCAGGCGAAAACUGAACUCAAGAUUGCAUUCAGCGGGGCAUUUGCUUGAUAUUUGUCUGCCAAAAAUAGGUUUGGGCCAUUUAGAGCCUGGCAAAGCUUACCAUUUUCCUGAUGGGCCUUGGAUUGAAUAUAAAGGUGUAAUUUCACAAAAUGAAAUGCAGAACAAGCCAAAAGAUUUAGAGAUAGAGGCCAAUGCAUUAAUUUCCAUGGGAGGAAAAGUUUCUGCUGAUAUAUUACCAUACGAUGAAGCUGCUAAGCUUUGCGGUGGGUGUCUUCCUGAUUAUGUUCCCAAGGAAAGCACACCUCGCAUUUUGAGGAUAGGAGAUAAUUCUGGCUGCCCCUGUGGUGGUACUCAUGUCGUUGAUAUUUCAGAUAUCAUACAAAUUAAGGUUUAUCAAAUACGCUCGAAGAAGGGGCUGACAAAGGUCUUCUACAAUGUUGAAUCCUAGUUAUAUGCAGCUGAUUCUGCUGCCAUGUAACUGCUAUUUAAGCUCCAUAGUGAUGACUACUCUUAGAUAAGAUAUUUUGCUAGUAACCAGCUGAAUUUGUGUUGUAUAUUAAUUAGAAUGCAUUUGGGGAUACAUAACAUAUUUAAGCACUUAUUUAAAAAACUUUUAAAAAAUGUUAAUUUAUGCUAUAAUUUAACAGUAAAAUUUAUAGAAAUAAGCAGAAAACAACUUAUUU